CGGGGCUUCGAGGGUUGUUGUUGAGCACAGAGCGAGUAAGGGAGGCUGGUUUGUGUGCGAGCAGAGAGAGGCUCUACGCUCUCCGGGAAGAGGAAAAAGAGGAGAAGGCUGCAGCAGUAGCAGCCCUUGCUGCUGGAGGGCAGCGGGAGCCCACGACGUUGCCUUGUCCCUGGCCGCAACUGCAGCCCUCUAACUAGGUGUAAAGGGGAGUAGGAGGUAGAGAGGAGAAGCAGCCGCAAGCAGCUGCUGGGCGGGUUGGUGUCCCGGCUCACUCCCUGGAAAGACCUCCUUCAUCAGUUCAGAGCAGAUGCCUACUUAAUCCGGGGAGGAGGAGCAGCCCGCCUCAGAAGGCAGAUGAACGCACCUGCCCAUGUCACUGGCCUGCUUCACAGAAACCCAUCUCUCCACCUGCUGGGAACAUUUCCCAGCUUCAGAAAAAGAAGCAACCCCCCACAAACCAUCCCUCAUGUUAUCUGAAUCUUGCUAAACUAUGGCUUUCGUCCUCUGCUUACUUCUGUUGUUGGUGCAGCUUGGAGGUUCUGUUUCAGAGGGGCAGUCUGCGCAUAAGACAAUUUUGGAUCUGGGAUACUUACCUGCUGGAAACUAUGAGACCAACCUACAUGUGGAUUCUGGGCCAAUUGAAAUUUUGUUUCGAAUUGUCCAAGCCUUCCUUUUUGUGGUACAGCCCAAUCCUUUCCCUGAAGACCUCAUCAGAAAGGCUGUACAACAAAGGUUUGAGCUCACAAAGACUGAUUAUCAGAAGAUUGCCCACUAUGAAAUCGGCUUUAUUGUGUUGGCUGGCCUGGGAUUGCUGUUUGUUGUGCUUCUGCCCCUUGUUGGGCUGUGCUUCUGCAUGUGCCGUUGCUGCAACAACUGUGGAGGGGAGAUGCACCAGAGACAGAAGAAGAAUGGUGACUGUCGUAGGCGCGGCUUUGCCACAUCACUCUUUGUGGUUUCCUUGAUAAUGAGUAUCGGUGUUUUUUGCGCUUUUGCCACAAACCAGAACCUUACAACUCAAGUUCAAGGAAUGCGGCCUCUAAUAAAGAGUAAUUUUAAAGACCUGAGAACUCUUCUGACUGAUACUCCAGAGCAAAUCGAUUAUCUAGUAAGCCAAUUCGAUACCCCAAAGAAUCAAGCACUGCUAGAUCUUGACAAUAUUGGACCAUUGCUUGGAGGCCGAGUCCGAGAUCGAUUAGGAAAACGAGUCCUCCCAGCUCUUGAUGCAGUUCUGACGAUGGCAGGAGUGAUCAGAGAAACCAGAGAGGCGUUAGAGAAUGUGAGUGCCUCCAUGGAGAUCCUGCAAGAGGGUAGCAACAGACUCAGCGCCAACCUGACCAAUGCCAAAGAGAACCUGAACAACACCCUCAAUGAUGCUGCCUGCUCAGAGGCUCAGGCCGCCUCCACCUGCAACGCCGUUAGGAAUUCAUUAAACCAGCUGAGUAUCAAUGCCAACUUCAGUCGGCUUCCACCGGUGACCUCACAGCUUGCCAAAGUCAGUGAAGUUCUUAAAAUUGAUUUAGCCAGUCUGGUCCAAAAGGGAUAUGCAGCAUUUAAUGAUACGCCUAAUUUGGUGCAGAAUCAAACCAAGAAUAUCGUGUCAGAUGUCAAAAGUGUUUUGGAUUCCAUUGGCACAAAUAUCACCGUUGUAGUCAAAACGCUUCCUAUUCAGAAGACGAUAACAGAUUUCAUAAUUUAUCUUACUCAGAGUGAGACAUAUAUUGAAGAUCAUUUCGCCUUAGUUGAACAAUAUGACUUCUAUAGAUGGCUGUCUUGUUUAAUUGCCUGCUGUUUGCUGAUCCUGAUUCUGGUCUUUUACUACCUGGGAUUAUUGUGUGGUGCCUGUGGUUAUAACAAACACAAGACUCCAACCAACCGUGGCUGUGUGUCAAACACUGGAGGCAAUUUUCUCAUGGCUGGAGUUGGAUUCAGUUUCCUGUUUUCCUGGGCAUUGAUGAUCAUAGUGGUUUCCACAUUUGUUUUGGGUGGAAAUGUAGAAAAAUUGGUCUGUGAACCCUUUAAAGACAAGACUAUAUUUCAGGUUUUGGAUACCCCUUAUUUAUUCAGUGAGCAGUGGAAAAACUACCUUUCGGGUCUCCUGUUUAAAAAUCCUGAUGUUAAUCUCACCUUUGAGCAAGUUUACAGUGACUGCAAGAAAAAUAAAGGCAUUUAUACCUCUCUGCAGCUUGAUAAAUUCUACAAUAUCAGCAAAUUUCUGACCAUUAGUCAGUAUACCCAGGAUCUAACAGUUCAAUUUGAAAGUAUUAAAAUAAACCUUAGCAACGUAGUUUUACUGGAUGAAGUGGGAAAAGAGAACCUUUUGAAUUUCAGUUUCUCAGGAAUAGAUGGAAUUGAUUUUGCAGCUUAUUUGGCUGAGGUCAAUAAGAGUAUAACAAAAGUGGAUCUAUUAUCAUUUGCCAAUGAUUUAGAAGCAAGAGCAGAACAGUUGCCCAAAGGAGCUUUGGAAAAUGCCCUGAAAGGGCAUGCAAGCAAUAUUCGAAUGAUCCAUCGUCAACGUGUGAUCCCUAUGGAGCAGGAAAUGAGCACUUUAAAUCAAAGUAUCAGGUUACUACAAAAGACAGCAACUGAACUUACGGUUAAAGUGUCUCAAGUCAUUACAACUGUGGAAGGUGCUCAGUUCCUCAUUAAUAAUAAUGCUUCCUCUAUUAUUAUUGAGGAAACUAAGAAGUAUAUGAAUAUGAUCAUAGACUACUUUGAACAGUAUAUUCAGUGGGUCAAAGAUUCGAUUGCCAUGGAUGUGGCAGCCUGCAAACCCCUUGCCAACAUCAUAGAUACUGCUGUAGAAAUAUUUCUGUGUAGCUAUAUAACUAACUCUGUGAACGCAUUCUGGUUCGGCUUGGGAGGUGCCACGAUAUUUUUAGUUCCUGCUAUAAUUUUUGCUGUAAAGCUAUCCAAAUAUUAUCGUCGAAUGGAUUCAGAAGAUGUCUAUGAUGAUGUUGAAACUUUACCCAUGAAAAAUAUGGAAAAUGGUAAUUAUGGUUAUCAUAAAGAUCAUUUAUAUGGUCUUCACAAUCCUGUUAUGACAAGAGCCAUGGAACAGUGGUAGAGGACAUUGGAAUUGGAUGAGCCUCAAGAUGCUUACACAGAAGAGAACACAAAAUUCUACCUAUAUUCUGAUCUACAAGCACCUUUCAAAUCCAGUAUGGUUUUUGGUGGCUUACUGGUAACACAGCUUUAAAUCAAGGAACUAUAUGAUGUAACAUGGGGUGCUAUGAUAUGAGCUAAUGGAUGGUGAAUUUCCUGACUAGAGCUCUAUCACCAGCACAUUUCUCUGUUUGACCACUGUUCAAGGCUAAUGCCACUGAAUUUUAAAUGUUGUGGGGGGUGGGGGAAGAUGUUAGUUUUUGGUUUUUACUUUUUUACACUGGGUUUCUAUCUCAAAACCACCCAUACUUGUAUAUUGGCUCUGUUUAAUGCUAUUUUUCAGGGAACAAUUGCUCAUGUGUAAUUGUUCCAUUUUCUUACAUGGGAAAUGCAUUAAACUGACAACGUUUACAUUUAAAAUACAUUUUAUAUGCAGUAAUUUUGUAUCUAUACCUUUUGUUACCACAGUCUUAUGAGUGUUUAAAAAAAUCUUAGUAUUGAGUAAUUUACUUUCAAAAUGAACAUAAACCAGCAUGAUUGGUGUUGAUUGUUGGUGCUGUUAAAGAAUCUGUUUUUUUACUAAAGUAUGUUGAAUUCUACAGUAUGUCCUUUUGGGCCCACAUGCCACCUACAGGGUAUUUCUUCUACUUUUUAAGUGAUCCGUUAAGAUUAUUUUGAAAAAAAUAUACAGCAGACAAGUCUGAGAAUCAGAUUUAUUCUUCAUAGUAAUUUGGGGGAAAAAAGCAAAGAUAUAUAGGGUACUUGAUUUUUUCAAGUCAUUGGAAACUGGAAUGGUUUUUAAUAUGUGUCAACUCUAGGGGAAUUUAAAUUCAUUUUUCUGAUCUGGGAGAAGAAAGACUGAAGCUAUGUCUCUUGGAGGUGACACUUCAAGUGGAAUUGAGAUAUUCAGGAUUAUUUGACCACAAAAAAUAAUUUGUAUGGUUUUUCAAAUGACUCAACUAUUGAAAUGAGACUAUGUGGAAAAUGGUCACAGUUUUCAGAUAGACACCAUGCCAGAAGAGUACUAUUUGCCACAACCCCUGUUUUUCUGUUUCUGUGAUAAAUAAUUCUUUGGGAUGAGAUCCUAAAAAUUAUGUGAAAGCACAUAAUAAUUGCUGUGAAUUUUUUCUGAUAGAUCACUCAUCAGGUCGGAAGAGACAGCAUUUCAGAUAGACAAAAUGUAGCACAUGUAUAAAGUUAUUCAAAAUGUCAGGGUUUUUUUUAAAUUGUAUUUUUCACUUAAAAAAUUAUGUCCCCAACUCAUUUCAAUAAAAAUAAC